AUGAAUGUAUUAUUUGAUACGGGCAGCGCUAACCUAAUUGUACCAUCGGCAAAAUGUUCGUCGGUCGCGUGUUUUCUACACGCAAAAUACUCGUCAGACUAUUCGUCGACAUACGUGGCCAAUGGCGCGCCGGUCACCUUACAGUACCGCACCAGUAAUCUUACAGGUAUACUGAGCACCGACACACUCACCAUUGGGGGUAUUGCGCGUAUAAAAAACCAAACUUUUACCGAGUACACUCGGGAGCCGGGGCUCGCGUUUGCUUACACCAAAUAUGACGCCGUUCUGGGGCUGGCAUUUCAGGCACUAGCCAUAGACAAUGUG